UAUGGAACUACUAAAGAAUUUCAGAUAUGGCAAAAAAUGUAUCAAUGGAGUAUUCCCAGAACAAAAAGCUAAAAUCAGAAUCAAAGUAGGCAUGACCAAAGCCUUUCCAGUAUAGAGAGGCAUGUGACAGGGAUGCCCUCUCUCACCAGUCUUAUUUAUACUCGCCAUAGAAAUCAAAGCAUGGAAAUUACCACAAGGGGCGUUCUCUCAGGGGGCGGGGCUUCUGUAGCUCCGCCCCCUCGCCGCUCCUCCCGAGGCCUCUCUUCCGCCUCAGUUGUCCGUCGCCUGUCGCCGCUGCCGCCAUGGAGCAGGGGGAGCCGCGAGGGAGCCCAGCCCGAGGGUACUGUGCCUCCAACUGAGGAAAGAAAGAAGGAAGGAAGGAAGGAAGGAGGCCAUGGAGGCCGGGGGCCUGGCCUUUCCCUGCUGGAGGGGCCCUUCUGAAGCUGACGAGGAGGAGGAAGGGCCCUCAGGAUUUGAGAGUGGCUACUUGAGCUUCUCCAGGAGGGGCCCCGAGGAGAAGGAGGCAGCAGAGGAAGAGGAGGAGGCCCGCCUGAAGGUGGACUUCUUCCGGAAGCUGGGCUACUCGGUGGAGGAGGUGGAGGGUGUGCUGCAGAAGCACGGCCCCGGCGCUGACACCAACACCGUCCUGGGUGCCUUGGUCCAGCAUGGGGGCCCCGAGCAGCAGCAGCAGACACAUCUGCCACCCAAGAGGAAGGGGCCCGGGUCCCCCGCAUCCAUGGGACCCCAGGACAUGCCUCCUGCCCUGCCACUCCACAGCCCUUCUGAGGAGGGGCCUCAACUCCGCCCCAUCGUCAUCGAUGGCAGCAACGUGGCCAUGAGCCAUGGGGACAGAGACGUCUUCUCCUGCCGGGGCAUCCUGCUAGCAGUGAACUGGUUCCUUGACCGAGGGCACACCGACAUCACCGUCUUCGUUCCAUCCUGGAGGAAGGAGCAGCCAAGGCCAGAUGCACCUAUUGCAGACCAGGACAUCCUUCUGGAUCUGGAGCGGAGGAAAAUCCUGGUCUUCACACCCUCACGGCGGGUGGGGGGCAAGCGGGUAGUCUGCUACGAUGACCGCUUCAUUGUCAAGCUGGCCUGCGAGUCGGACGGCGUGGUGGUCUCCAACGACACCUACCGGGACCUGCAAGCUGAGCGGAGCGAGUGGAAGAAGUUCAUCGAGGAGCGCUUGCUCAUGUACUCCUUCGUCAAUGACAAAUUCAUGCCUCCAGAUGACCCGCUUGGGCGCCACGGACCCAGCCUGGACAACUUCCUCAGGAAGAAGCCGCUGGCUCCAGAACACAAGAAGCAGCAGUGUCCCUAUGGCAAGAAGUGCACCUACGGCAUCAAAUGCAAGUUCUACCAUCCGGAGCGGGCAAACCAGGCACAGCGCUCCGUUGCAGAUGAGCUCCGCGCCAACGCCAGGCUCUCCCCAACCCAAAGUGCCACCAAGGAGGAGAGGAGUACUCGCCGCUGCCACCCUCAAGGGGAGUCCCUAGGUUCCGAGGGCAUCAGUGAGAAGCUCCCCUCGCCAAAGGCUGCUACAGCUGAGAAGAAAGGCUCUGCUCGCAAAGGGGGCAAGACAGGGGAAAGGGCAGCCCACUUGCCCAAAAUGGGAGGUGUCUCCCCCAAGAAGGGGGGCAGCAGCAGCAGCGGAGGGGGCCACUACCGGCCACAGGAUUGGUACCAAGCACCACCACCCCUGGCCUCCCCCUGCAUGGACUCACUCACGUAUGUCUCUCAGGAGCACCUCGACUCUGGGAUUGGCUCCUUGGAAAGCCAACUGUCUGAGAUGUGGCCACACAGCCAUUAUGGCCACCAAGAACCCCUGGGGAGUUACCGGGGAUCUGGCUACCCACUUUCCUCCUGCUCCUCCUCCUCUGGCCCCGAGUCCAGCAGCUACCACCCUUUCCAGCCCCAGAGCUACCACCCACGACUCUCGGCCUCCGGCUCCAGCUUCAUGCCAUAUGGCCAAGAGUUACCCUCCAGCCAAGCCCCUCCACCGCACUCCUUUUCUGGGUAUCCUGUGCCUGCUGACUCUUCUCUGGCCUCAGGAAGGAAGUACUGGUCUGAGCCAGCCUGCCCGCCUGCGCGAGAGUUUCCCAGGGCCCCCCGGAUGGCCUACGAAGACAGGCCCCCCUCUCACCCUUCCUGGCCGGCCCCAGAGUGCCUGGCCGAGGAGCGGGCCAAGGUCCACAUCAAGCUCUGCGGGAUCUUCCAUCCACACUUAGUGGAUGCCGUCAUGAGCCGCUUCCCGCACCUUCUGGACCCCCAGCAGCUGGCAGCCGAAAUCCUCACCUACAAGUCACAGAAUCCCCGGGUCUGAGGGCAGCGAUCCCUGUAUUUUGAUGGGCAGGAGCCCAUUCCCUUUAGGUGGCUAUCUGGUCAAGGUGUUGGCAUGGGAAAGAGUGGGCCACACAGAAGAGGCAUUGCCAAACAUGGCCAUAAUCCUAAUGGGGUUCUCCCACUUGCAGAAGUGAUGGCACCUUAUUUAGUCUGAAGUGAAAUGUCCAUUUUCCAUUCAGAGCAGCAGAAGUGGAGUUCUGCCUGCCCACUUAGGCUUGCAUACACAUGUUGUGUGCGGCACAUUUUCACACAUGGGCUUGCUUGCACAUUUGUCUGUGCAGCAUGGCUGUGCAUUAACCGGUGACAGUGAAUAGCUGCCACACAACCAUCUUCCCAGCCUCCUCCUUCUCGUCCCAAUUCCUCACUCCAAAACCUAGCCAUUUGUGUACAUAAUCAGGAAAAUGGCACAGGGUUGGAGAUCUAGUAACCCCCUCCAACCGCUGACCACUAAGAUAUCCUCAAAUCAUUGGCUUGGUAGCUUUGCCACUGUGAUGGCCAAAGCCCAUCCUUGGAUUCUGGCUGUACUUGUGGCCGGCUACUCUCUUUGGACAUCCCUAACUCCACAAAGGAAGGGGUGUCUGUCCCUCUCAUUUUGAAGAGAAAGAAGAAAAACUUCUCUGUUUGCUCUCCUUCUCUUAAAUGGCUCAGUCAUGGUGACUGGUAAGUCCGACGUUAAUGGUUCUGGAGCCUUUCGGUAACGAAUCUGUCACAAUUGCGUCCGGUGCCUGACCGCUUCUCCCAUCCCAAGGGCGUGAUUCGCUCACAGGCCAGGAGCAAUUGACCCUGUUGAUGCAUAUUGUAUCCCUGUAUUAUGUAUUGUGUAUUACUCUCUUUUAAGAGGUCCGCAGUGUGGCUUUAAGGUGAGGGCACUGUGUGCCACUUCAGGAGCCGCCUGGACCGGUAAUAAAAACAUGUAAAAUCGCGUAUGCCUAGUUGAGGAUGAGACAUCACUGAAGUGUGAAGGUUUCAUGUUAGUAAGCAAAAUGCUUCUUAAUGAUAAGUAGCUGUCUGAUCUUAAUAACUUUUGCACAUUUUGUAACUCAGAGAGACAACGGUUUGUAAUGGAAUUGUAUUUUUAAUAGUCACUCCUUUGGCAGUAAUGGUUUUUUAGCUAUUCUGUCCUGCUCAGAGGGCCUCUCCUAGAACUAGAGGUUCAAUAUGCAAUAAUGAAAAAUUAGCUGGAAUGUUUCACUCCUUGGAACUUGCAAUGUGCAAAAACAAUAAUAUAUAUUUUUAAAAAAGAUCUCAUUGUAAAGCAAUAACUGUUUUGCACAAAUAAAAGGCUUGGUUUGCUCAUAUU